AAAAAAGCAUGCAAACCUCCAAACCGCUUCCAGAAGAAAGCAAGAAAGAAAGACAGAAAGAAAAGGGGGAAAAACAUUUGCCUAAAAUAAAAUGAAUUGACAAAAGUGGUUCAACCUGGAGACUUGGCUACAACUUGAGUGUAGAUAAGUGUAGACAAAAAGACGCAGCCAUUCAAUGCAGUUGUGUGACUGCAGAUAUGACAACCUUAACAGCAGAAGCGCGCACUACUCAUAACUCACAGCAAGGCGGUGGUGCCGCGGAUGAUGCCGGGGAAUAAAAGUCGGAAUUAAACGAAUAUAAAUAUGAAGGUCAACAUGCGUGUGCAGAGGGUGAAGGUUUUGAUGACUUUUGUCAUAUUCGGACUGUUAGUUGGUUUUCUCAUUCAUAUCUGGACCCCAAGUGUUCCAACUGUGACAGAUGGUCAAAGAAGACUAAACUCCACCAUAAAGAAGCUUCUUGACCGUAAUGAACAGUUGAGGAACAGCAAGACCACUGUUCUUUACCGCCUCAAAGAAACUACAGCACAAAAUGAAUGUGUUUGCCAAGGAGACGCGUGGCAUCUUAAUGUGCCAUUUGGAAAUCUUUUCUUUCCUCGGGUUGGUGCUGAGGAGCUGCGGCCUGCAUUCAGUGCUAAAGAGCUGGAGGAAAUAAAAAAGCGCCGAAGGCAUGAGUACAACAACUAUGUGUCGAGAUCACACACGGCAGUAAAUCUUCUCAUCAUCGCCGAGGCAAACAUCCCUCUUCAGUACCCCACCCAGGGGGUAGAAGUCCAGCCUAAAAAAUCUACUUUAAUUCCUGGCUUGGCUCUGAAAGUUAAGUCAAAGAGAGUUUAUAGAGUUAAUUUAACUGCCAGCAUGGGCACGUUUGACGUAGCAGCCAUGGUGGAUGAGGUCAACAUAAGCGGGGAAGGAAAAAUGCAGAUGAUUCUCUCCAGCCCACUUUUACCUGCACUUAACAGGCAGCUGGAGUUCAUCACUUAUACAAAUACAAUUUUUCAUCCAAAUACUGCAGACAUAGUGCAAUUCGGGACUGACGGAUACCAAGCAUCCUUCACCAUUAAAAUCCGACAUAAAAACAUUCCUAAACUCUAUGAUCCUGGACCUGUUGGACCUAAAGGAGAAUACAACAUAUCCACACUGGUCACCAUUGCUACAAAAACAUUUCUGCGUUAUGACAAGCUUCAGGAUUUGAUUGACAGCAUUCGACAGUUCUAUCCAACGAUCACGAUAAUUAUAGCUGAUGACAGCGAGCAUCCUAAACCUGUGACUGGCCCUUAUAUAGAGUAUUACACCAUGCCUUUCAAAAAGGGAUGGUUUGCUGGCCGUAAUCUCGCUAUCUCUCAGGUUACGACUAAAUACGUGCUGUGGGUGGAUGAUGACUUCAUCUUCACCUCCAGCACAAGGUUGGAAAAAAUGGUGGAUGUGUUGGAGAACACCAGUUUAGACCUGGUAGGCGGGGCAGUCAGGGAGGUGACCGGAUACACCGCCACCUACUGCCAUAUCAUCUCAACAGAAAAAGGUGGAGAAGAUGGAGACUGCUUACAUAUGAGGAGGGGCUUCUAUCAUGCUCUCAAAGGCUUUCCUAAUUGUGUGGUCACAGAUGCUGUUAUUAACUUCUUCAUGGCGCGUACCGACAAGGUCCAGCAAGUGGGCUUUGACCCUCGUCUGGCACGGGUUGCCCAUCUAGAGUUUUUUGUUGAUGGCCUCGGUGUUCUUCAAGUGGGUUCCUGUAGUGAUGUUGUAGUGAGCCAUGCGUCAAAGAUAAAAGGAAUGUUGCCAUGGGGACAGUCAGAAACUGACAAGGCCUAUUCGAAGUUCCGCUAUAUCAACAUAAGCAACCAAAAUGCACUUUUUUACUUCAAGAAUCAUUUCAAAUGCCUAACUAGUAAUGGUUAACUGUGAUCCAUAACAAUUUUGUGUUUACCUUGCUAAAUUUCAUCGGGAAAUCACAUUCUGUGCAUAUUUAAGGGUGAAACAUGAACAUGAAGCUGCUUCACCUAUGAUUUUCAUAUCCUCAAAUGAAAAAACACAUUGCUACAGAUUUCAGUUUUUAUGUGCCAGUAUGGGAUUGUAUGUUUCUGUGGUAUGUUAAUAAAAGAAAAAAUGUAAGCACUUGGAGAAAACCUCUAACUUGUUGCAAGCUAUUUUCUCUGGAAAUGUAUAUAAAAUGACUGACAAAGAUUUUUUUUUUUAAAUAAACAUAUAUAGUGUAUAUAUAUAUUUUAUAUACACUUUAUAUGAAAACUGUGUUGGAUCUUUAGAUUAGAUUCCUCUCUGUCCAGUGUUUCACACAUUCUCUCUGUGUGCUACUGAAAGGGUUCUGUUUUUUGUUCAAAAUCAUGCAGCUAAGUGGAUUUUGUUAUGCUAAAUUGCCAUAAGGUGUGGUUCUGUACCAUGUCAUUUAGUGGACUGUCGUCACAUCCGGCGUGAAUUCCCCUGCCUUACACCCAAUGCUACUAGGACUGGCUCCAGAUCUAGCGCCUGAACGUGAAUGAAUGAGAAGUGUAAUGACGAAUAAUGACCACUAGGUGGUAGUGUUGCCUUAAAAUGCAAUUGUUUUUGUGUGAGUUUUAUAUUUUGUUGUUCUGAUUUUUUUUCAACAUACUUCAUGUGCCUUUUGACAUAUGAAACGUAUAUAAAAAAUAUAUUUUGUUAAA